CAUGCUCAUAGUGAUUUUACAAUAAUAAAGUACUUUCUACCUGGAGUCUCUACAUUCAGAAUUCGAUGGCUAAGUUACACAGCUAUUUUGUGUUAUGCCCUUUAUUCGAUCAGAAAAGUUUCUUAGGAGUAUCAGAGGAUAAAGAUUUAGAUUAUGUGCUUGUAACUUUAGGAAGAAAUGUUGUUAACAAAUACCGGCUCUCAGAUCAAAAGCAGGUAGGAGGAUGGACGUCAAAAGACCACAUUACUUCCAAAGUUAUUUAUGAUAGGAUCCAGAAUGUUUAUGUUGGAGUAUUUAACAAAAACACCAUAAAAAUGUGGGAAGAUGAUUCGGAGAAUUUAGACAAAUUGAAAAAAUAUAAGUUUCCAGUAAAUAUAUUGAAGCUGGUGACUGUACCUUCCCAAUCGCCCCUUAUUAUAUUUGAAAAUGGCAACAGUGCUGCUCUCCCAUAUGCACUUGAAAAUCGUAAAACGUAUGACAAAUUACCUUUGAUGAAAGAAUUUGAAACAAUUGUUGACACAUCAAGUUACACACAAAACAAUGCUGGACAAAUAUGUUAUGUGGUAAAAGAUAACAAAGACAGGUAUGAGAUAAUUUGUUGUCCUAUAAGAGAAGAACUUGGAGACUUGGAAAAAUCAAAAAUAACAAAAUUUAAGAUAUCAAGAAAGGAUGAUGUAUAUGUAGUUGGAGAACUGAUAAGCUGUGAAGAUGUACCUUCUGUUUAUGUUUUGUGGAGUGACUCAAAAUUGACUGCUUUUGAUCUGACAGACAAGUCUUGGAGAACAGUAGGCUCAGUACCAUGGAUUUCAACAUUAUCAAGUGUUUCAAUUGCUUGGAUGGGAAAAAAACAUCUCAUACUCUUUGGAAGUAAUAUUGAACAAGAUGGUGCAAUUAUUGUCGCAUACAACAUAAUUCUGGGUGUGGGUACAUGCAAGUAUCCAAUGAAAAUGUACACAGAAAUGGCUAGACUAUGUUGUAUAAAUGACCGCAUCAUCUUAGAAGCAUCUAAUCACAUAGGGAUGCUGCCUUAUGUUUUGAAAACAAAGAGAAACCUAUCUAGUUUAUUGGGCUCUCAUGGAAUUGUUCAAAAUGAGUGCUUAGAACUUGUUAAUUGGGAUACUCCAACAAUACUAAAGGCUGAUUUUUCCAAUGAUGAUUCAAAAGAACUCAUUAAACUGGGGCUUACUGAAAGGAGUAUAUGUACACAAGUAGUGCUUCCACUACUUGAUAAAAAGAAUUAUAAACAUGUAUUGGAAGUCAUUAAAGAAUUCCAAGAUGUGCCAGAGUCAGUACUAGUUCAAUUGAUUAGCUAUUCAUUAAAAUCAAUACCUACUAAAGAUGUUAAUUACAGCAGCCCAGAAGAAUUUCCUAAAUGGUAUGCCUCUUGCUAUAAUUUGGAGACAGAAGAUAGAUUUACUCUGCUUAAACACCUAUUCGCUAUAUCUUUCUGUGAUGCUUUGUUAAUUCCAUAUUUGAGAGAAUCACUUACUCUAAAUGAUACUUUAUUUUUGUUAUCCUACAUUUCAUUUUUAUUAGUUGAUCUAGAAAGUGAAAUAGAUACUGAUUAUGAGUCUAAACUUUAUGAUUGGUGCACAUUGUUAAUGGAUGCAUUUUACCAACAAUUUCUAAUGACAAAAGAUGAAAAGGUUACAAUUGUUUUGGAAAGUACUGUUAAUAUGAUAAAAGGCCUUGUGAAUCAGUUGGAAACGAUAAAUAAGGUAUUGCCAUUGUUGAAUAAAUUUAUAAUAGGCAAUACUAAAACUGAUCAAAACGAAGAUGUAAUACCAUACACUAUUGAAAUGAUGCAAAUAUGAUGUGAUUUUGUUCCGCAGAAAUAAAAGCAUUUUUAAAUGAAGUAAAAAGUAUUCAUUCAACAGUUCUUUUAUUUGCAGCUCUAGCAAACUGGACAACCAUAGGCUUAUCUUUUAAAAUAAAUCCAUUGGUCUCAUUCAAUGCUACCUCAGCUAUCUUGGCUGAGGGAAAUGUCACAAAUGCUUGCCCUUUCAUCUUGCCUUCUUGCAUUACUCUUACAUCAAAACCUAUAUUUUCUUCAUCUGGCAUAUCAUUAACGUAAUGCUUGUAAAUUCUUUUUACAUCUUGAUCAGUCACGGACUUAGCUAAAUUUUUUAUGUAUAACCGCAUUGAUGGUUGGCCAGGGUGAUAAUUUUUAAAUACAGGCAGCACUUUCAUAUCACUGUAAUUCAGUCUGUUUUGAAGCAACUCUUUCCUGGUUAUUGGGGGUUCUUCAGUCUCUAGAGGUAUCGUCUCAGAUGUUGUGUGUUCAGCUUCUUUUUCAAAUUUACCAAGUUCUCCAAUUAUUUCUGGUUCUUCAGAAGGCUUGGAGAGUGCAUCCUGAUUAACAAAAACUGCAAUUUUUUUGGGUUCUGGCAGAGGUGUAACAUUCUCAAAUACCUCUUCUUGACUUACAGCAACUUUCUUUGCUUUGGGUAAAUUAGCAGUAGACAGAAUGGCUGCUGGUCUCUUUCUUGUGACUGGAAGCUUAUGCAAUCUUUUUAUAGACGUAGGUACUGGUUUGUUUGUUUGCUUUUCACUUUCAUCACUUGAUAAUUCUGACUCUGUUUCACUUGCUGGAGGUGGUAUAGCUGCAAUUUCAUCUUUGAAUAUGUAUCUAAAUGUAUCUUUGAAUAGUGAAAUUGCCGUUUUAUUUUCCUCAAAUGGCAAACUAAGAGACAUUUUGUUCAUCAAGUGCAAAGCUUGUGUGUAGAAGGCUUUGUGAUUUAAUAAUGCAUAAAUAAUGUUUAUGAGUGUAUUAGGAUGAGAAUUCGGGUAUUUAUAAUUUAAAUGAGCUGGAGGUGGUUGGUAUAAAUUAACAGAUGGAUUCCAGGCAUUGAGUAACUGCAGGAAUUUUUUUAUUUGCUUUGUUGCUGCUGAACUUGUCUCAUUUUCAUCAUAAUUACAUUCUGUAGGUUCAUUUUCAAAAGAAUACUCUACAACGAGCCUUCGUUUUGCUAUCUCAAGUUGAUGUAGUCUCAUUAGUGAUGAUUUCGCUACAUCUACAUUAGGAAAUAGUGCAAAUACAUAGUGAAAUUUUGGACUCUUUUCCCACACUUUUACUGCACCAAAAUGUCUGAGAAGUUGUGCUUUAUCUUGAAUGGACAAUGAUUUUGGAAGAUGUCGUAUCAAUAACACUUUAGACAUUUUCUUCACUUACAAACUUCCUUUUAUGGUGAGACUUUAAUUUGACAAAAAUUAAGUCUCCCUGUUAGCUGAGAUCACCACCUUCAAAUAAAAACAGCGUAAAUAUAGGGUUGCGAUGCGCUACAUCACUAUAUAAUUUGUGGGCUUUUCAGCUUGUGGUUGCGGCUUGGACGACUUUGCAAAUUGCAAUGUUCAUUGAUAGACUUCAGCCCCUUACGUAGGUAUUUCUAUUUUUAUGCAGUAAUUGUUUACCUACUAAUUCUACGUGAAUCCUAAUCCCUGCCUACAUAAAUAGUAAUCU